AGGAAGAAUAUCCCCCUCUUUAGAAAAUAGAAGCUCGGAGCCUAGGGCAAAUCGAUGAUGGCGACGCUGGGGCUGUGGCAUUCUCCUGUUUCGUCCCGGAUUCUCCUCCAGCAAGGGAGAAGAGGCUGUGUGAAAUUGUGGUCAAGGAAUUUCAUGGCGCAUGCGCGGCUCAUCAGAGCUUCUACUGUAUCGCAUUACUCGGAGACGUUUUAUGCAGAUGCUGGCAUUGAUCGUGCUACCGAGCUCCGCCUAGACUCAAAGUUUAUUUCACAAGCUUAUGCCGAUCCAAAAGCACUGGCCGUGCCAGUUCAGGGAAACAAGAAUUUUGUCAAGUGUGAUCAAGCUCUUUUUUUCUCUCCAGAGAAGUUGGACUCAGACAAACGAAUUUUCCUGGGAUUGACGAUUCCGGAUCGGUUGCCGGUUUUUGCCGUCGAUGUGAAACAGUCCUCCAGUGACUGGCAGACGGAGGGACAAUGGGUGGAUCUCCGAAGAUAUGGUCCCGAGCUGCGAGCUUCUCACGCAGGACUCCUUGCCUACGCUCGUGGAAUGGUGGAGUGGAACUCGAGAAAUAGGUUUUGUGGAUUGUGCGGUUCUAGGAUGAUCUCCCAUCACGCUGGUCACUGUCUGAAGUGCUCGUUGCAGUCAUGCCAGAACUCGAUAUAUCCACGCCUGGAUCCAGCCAUUAUAGUACUUGUUUCGUUUGGCAAGUACAUAUUACUUGGACGACAGAAUAAAUGGGAGCAAGGUCGCUACUCCUUGCUUGCAGGAUUUGUAGAAGUUGGAGAAACUUUUGAGCAAGCUGUAGUUCGAGAGGUGAAAGAGGAGGCGAAUAUAGACGUGAAUCCGUCGAGUAUCAAGUACGUGGCCAAUCAACCAUGGCCUUUUCCAUCUUCCCUGAUGGUAGGAUUUGUUGGUGAGGCCGAUGGCAAGUUUUUGGAGCCAAAAUCGCAGCUCACAGAUGAUGAAGUACUUGCUGGCGUUCAUGAUUGUGAUACGCUGCCUAAGAUUGCUGCAAACUCCAGUGAGCUAGAGGAUGCUAGAUGGGUUCACCAAGACUUUCUCAAGGCUGUCCUGAUGAACAAAUCAACGUGUAACUUCAGCGUUCCUGGAAAGCAUGCAAUUGCUCGUUUACUGAUGGAGAGAUGGAUAGAGAGUGAUACUGAGGACUCCUGGGCAGGAAAGGACGUGCAAACCACCGAAAUCGACGAAGGAAAGUUCAAGUAUGUACUGAUCCGCGUGAAGGAUUCCAGUGGCAACCAAAAACUGGUUGUGAGAGGCAACAAGGAGCUGCUUUUCCACACCGAUAUACUCGAAGCGUUCCAAAGGGAAGUCACACCGUUGGGCUUACAGGUGGAGCCGAUGGGAGGUGGUAAAAUGGAGCAUUCUCCAGAGCAACAAGUGAUCCAUGUUUUCGGCGUCUCUCAAGCUUUUGGCCCCGCAAACCACAAGCUCACGUCAAGCAUUCUUUGUCAAAGCUUCCCCCUCUACAAAAUUUUCAUAUCCUCGGACGAUGCGUAGGCAGUGAAGUUCCAGAUCAUGGCAUAAAGUUUUUUAAAGAUCUGGGGUUCGAGACUGUGGACUUUUCCCGCUCUUUAUUCAAAUUCUAGCGGUC